AUGUCCGCACGCAUGACCAACCUCGACAUCAUGGAGAUUCACAAGUACAUGCAACCACGAUACGGGACACAGAAACGUCUGAAAAGGCUCUCUAAUUCAGUUAUAUUGUAUUACGAGGAUAUGAUUGCAACGGUAUUCAAGGACAUCCGCUUGGACCAGUCGCCCUAUCGCAAUGGUUAUCUGUUUGACUACGAGUUCAUGCAAUACGGAAACUACAAGAUCAUCUUGGUGACUGCAACGGAGGAAGAGUUUUCUCUGCGAGGGACAAAGGAAUUAGAGGACGUUUUGGGGAUGGCGAAUAGCGUUGACAUGGCACACUGGUGCUAUACUUUACUUUACGGGUAUACGCAUCGUUUCAGGGUGAAUGUCGACAGGGUUCAGUUUGUGUGUUACGAGGGCCGUCGCACCUCUGUGUUUGGGUUUUGGUGCAUGGAGAUGAACCCUUGGCACAGCUUCUCGAUGAAUGCCAUGCUCCCCUGUUUGGUGGAGGACAUUUGGAGUAUGUUUGAGAAGUGUUACAAUCAUAUCUUGCGCAAGCAUCUGAAGACGAUUGGUGAUCGGUAUCUUUUUGCGACCGAGGGAAUUGUAUGCGAGAAACUCGGGUUGCACUCUGAGUUCACUCGUAUGAUCGUGGAACAUAUGGUUAUACCCUCGGAUGAGUGUUACAUUUUUGACAUCAACGCGUUUUCACUCGAUAUCUUCAUACAGCACAGUUACUUUGCAUUGAGCAAAGACGUGCAAUUUGCUAGGAAGGCAUUGGUGUUUUUGGUUAUGACAUGCCGUCUCAAUUCUAAGUUUGCUACGUUGAUGCUGAACGCGUUCAAGGAGCGAUUCCAUGAUAAGCUGGAACCCAUAAGGUGUGAUCGAGGCAUCGUAGUCAAGGAUCGUGACAGGUUUGAUGUCGUCGUAGAGGAAGUGAAUGGAACCCCAGAGGUUGAGUCUUCCUCGGAUUGGGAGACAGGGGACGAUAGCGAAGAGGAUGAUAUGGAUGAUAUUGAGGAGAUAGGUAUGGAGCAGACACUGUUACCCCAGCACUGGGACGGUAUAGUAGACUGUAUGUAUUUGAUUCAGGGAAUGCCUUCCAAUCAAGGGGAACCGCUCAAGAUGCCAUUUUGGCACUUUGUCAAGGUGGACGUGCGGGAAGUCCUGGCUCUGGCAUGGGUGAACCGCGAGGUUCUGCUGCUCGUGCUUCUCGCUGUGAAUAGUCGCUUGGAGCACGGCUGUAUUCUUACCCGCUUAGAUGCCGACUUGAUCCGCUGGGUUGUGGAGAUGUGCUGCAUGUAUGGCGUCUAUGACCGUAGUAUGGCACUCAUAGACACAGGUUGCUGCUAUCCUUAUCGAGCUCCCAAUUACAGAUCGUUUGGAAAAUCCCGUGGAUCGAUUUGCUGGAUUACCUGUGUCGAGGACAUUGUCCGUACAUGGGUGGUUCUGCAGCAGCACGGAUGCAUACUGCGCAGAGAUGUGGCAGAGUUGGAUCUUAUGAUAGAUGAUCGCGGUGUGGUGUGUCUUCCGAGUCAUGUGAUUAUCAUCAACACGGAUGAUACACCCGUCCAGAGGGUCAGGCACCUCGAGAGGGUUCUUUUUCAGAUCGUGAAGAUGCUCUGCCUUGUCGAUGACGGAACAACCGCUAUUACGUUGGAGGAUGAAGCCCUGAUGCGCAAGAUCGAUGAGUUCUUCGUGGACUACCGAAAGAGAAUCGCUUGCAAAAGACCGUGCUCCAGCCAUUCCUCUCUCGCCAAUACUUUGACGAGGCCGUUCUGGCAUGUGUCCAAAAUGAGAUACACAACUUUACGUACACGUUCCUGUUAG